GCGAACUCUGAAUUGGAUUAAAGUUAUUUUAUGUAUGAAAAGACAUAUCAUACAAAGACCCGUGAAAUCGACCCCUGCUGGAUUCUAAAACUAUUAUUAAUGGUUGAGAAAAAGGUCUUUGCCCGGGAGUGGGAACACGAUUAUAUGAUGGUAAUACAGAUUUAUUUGAUUUUCUUAUCUUGUUGUUUUUCCGAACUGGAAGACCUAGGCCCGCAGCUGUUGACUACAAUGUCUACAGCCUUGUUGCGCAUAUGCGAGGAGAUCAAAUAUCAGGAAGAUAAAUCAGGACCUCUUCCUUGCGAAUGCAAAACCAGAACAAGAAAAGUUAUUUCAGUCUUGGACUUCGUACCGAUGAUUUUUGGACUACUUAUAAUUACAAAGAAAAAAUUCAAAAUUCUACCGUCCAGGCACAGUAACCUGGGUCUGCUCGUACGGGUCCAACUGGUAUUAUUACAACUGAUUUGCUUGAUUUCGCUGAGCACUCAGGCUGGAGACGACGACGGGCGGCUAGAGGGAUGGCUGGCGCUGGAGCCAGACCGUGCCGUACCCGUUCCCGCGGAGCAGGACGCACCCGCUCAAGCGCCGCCACAGCCCGUCGACGACGACGACGACUCUGACGAUCACCAUGAAGAACAUGUAAUAGUGCGACAGGUAGCGGCUGCGAACUACGACAUCGAUGACGCCGACGACGAAGGUGGUGAUCAGGAUGAUCUACAAAACCGAAAUGUAGGGAUGGGCUUUCACCACGGCCCUGGCGCUGUAAAUCGGCGUCUAGAGGUAGAAGUCUGGAACAUGCUGGUUAGAGGAUUAGAGGCUUAUCGUUUCGGUAUACCAAUCAUUCUAGUACCAACGCUGACGAAUGGCCACCGGCUGCCACCAAUCUGUACUCAUCAUAGGAGAACGUACCGCCCUAGUAAUGACUUUGUUCGACAAAGGGUACGACUUACUAGUACGUCUUCAGAUAGCUCCGAUAGCGAAAGUGGAACGGAAAUGGUUACGAAUAAUAAGUGGAAGAACAAUAAGCAACGGCAGCACGACUCCGAUAGUGACGAUACAAGCAGCGAAAGUUCGCAAAGCGAUAGUAGUACUAGCACGUGUAGCAAUAGUACGGUACAUCGGGGUCGUGAGAGUUCUAGUUCAUCAAGCGGCUCAUCCAGUGCCUGUGAUGGCUCUGACACGGAAGAUCAUUCAUCGUCAAGUAGUUCAUGUUCGGGACCUAGUAAUGUACCUAAUGUUGAAAAUAAUCAAAUUGCUCUUGCUGAACGUAAUGACCCCAAACCUGAGGUGAUCGAGGAAGACCCGAAUCUGGAUAUUCGCGAUGUCGAGGACUUACCCGCUGACGAAGACUUACCUGUAAAUCCAUCAUCUGAUUAUAAUGAAAUUGAAUUGCGAAUAGCUGAGAACAUCGAAAAUGAACGCCGUGAAAGGGAAUAUAUGAGACAGUGCCAGCAGAAAAAUCAACUGUCUGAUAGUGAGCCAUCCAGUGAUGAGGCACAUGGAAAUACUGUGAAGCAAGUUGAUUUGGAUGUACCUAUCAAUGAUGAUAAAAUUGGUCAGGUAAACCUAUCUGAUGAUGAUGCAUCUGAAGAAGACAUGUCUUGCGAUCGAACAAAUCAAAUGUCCGUCUGUGUUGAGCCCGAGAACAUUGAGCCACCUAAAGUUGAAUCGGCUGCUGCUGAACAAGGAAGCGGCGUGGUCAACGCUUUUGCCAUCGUUAUUGAGGAACCCGAGACCAUUAUAUAUGCGGCUGUUACUACUGAACAAGCUAAUGGGAACCUGACUGGGAAUGCGGCGGAGAAUGCGAACCCCGAUCCUUUCCCGCCUCUCCCCUCUCCCAGCAGGGGCGGGCCGAACUGCGUUAUGAUCCUGAGGCCUUUGAUACGCAUUAACUACAGAAACUUUUAUUAAACAUUAUAUAUUAAGCCAGGUUGGAACAGGAUACAUGAGGUUUAAUAUACAUAUAUAACUGCUGACUGUACUUCUCAUCUUACGAAGAAUAAGUUUUAUCAAUUUUAAUCCUGGGGACUAUACUACCUGAUGGUUUGUAGCGUAAUUGGUCCACCCAUUAUUUUAAGCCAGACUUAGUAAUUAAUAAAUGUUUCUUGUCUUUUUCGAUAACCUAACAUUUUAAUGAUCAACUCUUGUAGUACCUAAGUAAAGGUUAUGUAUGUCAGGAAAAAACUUCAAAAAUUGUUCUAGUCAAUAAUUCUUCAUAACGUAAUAGCGCUCUUUUCUAAAUUUGACUAAACUACUCUAGUACGGUACGAUUUUUUUAAUAUGUAUUAAUGUCCAUUGGUCCCUACGGUAUAUCUACAAAGUCAAAUUAACGGAAAGUCCGUUGUAAAAUUUUCUUGAGACUAACUUUUUUUUUAAAUUUAGGAAUUAAAGACAUUAUCUCUAAUAUAUAAAAUUCCCG